GGCCCUGCCCAGACCGCGCGGCCGCCGUCGGGGAUGAGUACGGCUUCUCGCCAUGAUCGAGGAAUACGGACGCACACGGAAUCCUGUCGCACGUUGGAUCCAGGAAGAUACAGGAGAUUCGGUUCUUCGUCUCAGUAUACACACACAGGGAGAGAAAGGAGAAACUGGCGACAGGAAAAAACGAGAAAAGAUCGAAGUUGAAAUGAAUGAGGACACCCUAGAUAUUCCUGUUUGGGAGAAGGAAGUUCCAGCCUCUCCAAGGAACGUCCGUGAGAGCAUUGAGCAGAAGUUCCUGUUGGAUAUGCCAGACGAUUUCUUCGAUUUCUGGAACCUCUGCAGUGAACUCAACCAGGAAAAAACAGAAGAGGCCUUCGCGGACGUCGGCCUGAUGCUGGUCGGCCCUUACGACGUCCUGUCGGGCAAGUUGGACAAACUGAAGCACAGGCAACUCUCCAACUAUCUCUGCCACUGGCGCUACUACUUCGACCCGCCGGAAUUCAUGACUGUCCUUGCGAGCCGAGAAAACGAAUACCACAUUGGGUAUUACCGUGACGAUUGCUUCCAGUUCCCGGUCUUCGUCGCCUCAAUGUCGUCGCUCCAGCCGGGGAGGAUAUGCCCGAUGGCGCAGAACAUCUUUGGCGCGGUCUACUCGUAUCUCUCUUCGAAGCUUGAAAAGGAGGAGCUGCAGAAGGACUCUCUGACGGAGCGGCGCCUCCGAGAGGUCGAGAGGUACGCGAGGAAGCAGCGCCACACCCUGGGCCUGAGAACGCCCGCCCUGGGGAAGCGGCAGAGGCUGGUUGUGGGCAGGUGCUUCCACGGGGCGGGAGUGGCGGUCGAUUCCGAGGAGCUUAUGGAGCGCCGCGUCCUCCCUGUGUCAGAGGUCGAACUGAGGAGAAUUCUGCAGGCGGUCACAGAGGCUGAAACCGAAGGCGAGAGAGCAAAACGUCUUGGCAUUUUGGAAGUCCUUGUGAAAAUAGUUCGUCGUGAAAUUAGUAGAGGAAAUGCAGCGAUAGGUCUGGAAUUUGGCCACAACCUCUUUUCUUUCGGAGGAGGAGAGAUAUUCCACAAGUACAUCCUUCAGGUCCUUGGGGAGAGUUACGACCGCCUCUUCAGAGAGCCAUUUCUUGAUAUAUUACAGGCUCACUUGAAGAACAGGCGCAGAGGAAACAACAUGAGUAUUCUGAAUGUUUAGAACCAAAGAAAAAAGUGAUAACUUUCGGUAUCGUCACUUCACUUCUUCAAUAUACCUUUGUAGUUUUUAGAAUAAGUAAAUUUAUAGAUCGAAUAAUCAAACACUUCUCUUGAAGAUCAAAUGUUAUGAGUAUUUAUCCCAAAGAUUUGUAUUGCAUUGUUUAUCUUAAUAAAUUUUAACUGCCAAUGCAAAAUGAAGGCCCUUUUCUCUGUAUCAGGGCAUCUGUUUUAUAUUUAAUAGUCGCUGAUUUGCUUGUAUGUGUAUGUGUCUGAAUCUUUCAUUGUUCACAAACAUUGGAAGGAAAAUGAAAAUGAUUUUCAUUUUCUAUUUGCAGCAAAUUAGGCUUUUGUUCCUUUAUUCAACAAAAAUGCUAAUAAAACCAAUUGCCGUC